AUGUUUAGAAAACUAAAAUCAGUAUUUUCUAGACCAAAAUUAGCACCUGAGAUAGCAGAUUGCAAGGAUGAAGGUGCCCCUCCACCACCAAAGGCAUCCACAGGCCAGGAUGAAAAUAAAACAACAAAUGAACCACAGAAAGCAGAGGCCAAUAAUAAAGCAGAGCCUAACCCAAAGCAACAAGAUAUAGAAUCAGCAAAAGCACCUGAGCCUUCAAAACCUGGAAACUCAACUGAACCAGCUAAGACAACUCAACAGGAAGAGCAUGAACUCAAAAAUGGGAAAGAAGAUGCUAAUGCACAGAAGCCAGCAGGUCCCGGUCCCCAAACAAAUGAAUACGCUGAUGCCCAGCUUCAAGAGAUUGUCAAGAAAUUGCGUGAAAGGGCAAACGUCUACAAGGAAAAGCUGAAUGACCCAGUGAUAUCUUCACCUGAAGCAAGUCCUCCAACUUCACCAAAGAAGCCUCCACCCCCAGCAAAAGAUGAAAAAAAAGAUGAAAAAAAAGAAGAAAAGAAAGAGGAGGCAGAAGCAAAGCCAGAGGAGGAUCAUUACUGUGAUAUGCUGUGCUGUAAAUUCAAAAAACCUCCACUGAAAAAAUACAUGGAGUAUAUGAAGCUACCAGAUACCAUUGACUCAUACACAGACCGGCGUUACGUGGCGUGGCUGAUGCUUGUGACAGUUGCCUAUAACUGGAACUGCUGGUUCAUCCCGCUGCGCUACGUGUUCCCGUACCAAACCCCCAGUAACACCAUCUACUGGUUUGUCAUCGAUGUCAUCUGCGACCUCUGCUACCUGUGCGACUUGAUCGUUUUCCAGCCCCGAGUGAGAUUCAUCAAAGGGGGAGAUAUAAUAUCAGACAGAGCAGAAACAGAGAAAUUCUACCGCAGCUCUGUGAAGUUUCGGCUUGAUGUGAUAUCAGUGUUUCCAUUUGACAUUUUAUACUUCUUCUUUGGAUUUAAUCCAGCACUUCGAGCAAACAGGAUGCUGAAGCAUAACACAUUCUUUGAGUUUAAUGAUCGUUUGGAAGCUAUUAUGGAAAAAGCAUACAUCUACAGGGUCAUUCGAACAACUGGAUACUUGCUGUUUAUCUUGCACAUUAAUGCAUGCCUGUAUUAUUGGGCUUCAGACUAUGAAGGAAUUGGCAGCACUAGAUGGGUGUAUGAUGGCGAAGGAAACAUGUACCUGAGGUGUUACUACUGGGCAGUUCGGAGCUUAAUCACCAUCGGUGGCCUUGCAGAGCCACAAACGCUGUUUGAGAUCAUUUUUCAGCUGCUGAAUUAUUUCAUGGGUGUCUUUGUCUUCUCCAGCUUGAUUGGUCAGAUGAGAGACGUAAUUGGAGCAGCAACAGCAGGGCAGAAUUACUUUCGUUCCUGUGUGGACAACACUGUCUCCUAUAUGAACACCUAUUCCAUUCCAAAAUUGGUGCAGAAUCGUGUUCGAACGUGGUAUGAAUACACAUGGGACUCUCAGGGAAUGCUGGACGAAUCAGAAUUACUGGAGCAAAUGCCAACGAAAAUGCACUUAGCUGUUGCAAUUGAUGUGAACUUUGCCAUUGUCAACAAAGUGGACUUAUUCAAAGGCUGUGAUACCCAGAUGAUAUAUGACAUGCUGCUAAGGUUGAAAUCCAUUGUAUAUUUACCUGGUGACUUUGUCUGCAAAAAGGGAGAGAUUGGCAGAGAGAUGUACAUCAUCAAACAGGGUGAAGUUCAAGUCCUUGGAGGCCCUGAUGGUACCAAAGUCCUGGUUACUCUAAGAGCGGGAGCUGUAUUUGGGGAGAUCAGCCUACUAGCUGCGGGUGGAGGAAAUCGAAGGACUGCCAACGUGGUGGCUCAUGGUUUUGCCAACCUUUUCAUUCUGGACAAGAAAACACUCAAUGAAAUCUUGGUGAACUAUCCUGACUCAGAAAAACUUCUCAUGAAGAAAGCAAAGGUGCUGCUGAAGCAGAAGGGGAAACCUCCCCCAGGACCACCAGUGCAACAGCCACGGGGCUUGGCCAGUCUCUUUGGGCAGAAACAGGAAACUCCAAAAUUGUUUAAAGCAAUGCUUGGAGGAAAAGGAAGAGAAGGCCUUGCUAAGCUGCUGCAGCUGAAGAAACAACAAGAAACUCAGGAAACUAAAGCUGAAACAGAGACCAAACCUAAAGAAGAGGAGAAGAAACCUGUGGAACCUGCAGCCCCCUCUGCACCCCCUGCUAAAAAGGAAAAGCCACAGGCAGAUGCUAAGCCUGCAGUUAUGCAGAGAACAACGAGUAAGGAGUCUCUGAUCAUUAGUAUGACACCAUCCCCCAGAGCAGGAGAAGGAGAGAUCCUUAAAGUUGAAAUUAAAGAGAAAGAAAAGAAAUAG